AUGGAGCCCCGUUCACGAAGACGUGGGAAACGGCGCCAUUCUCCCACUACGUCACCACAACCGGAGGAGAAACGUGCGACGCCUGCCGACGCAGAACCUGAAACUGUGCCCCUCCCUGCGGACACUGAUGACGACGAUGAUGAUGAUAAUAAUGAAACGGAUAUGGACGACGAGACAAACACGAACACGAACCACAAUAAAAAUGAUGAUAUUGGUGACGACAAUGAGUCACAACAGUCGGAAGUUGACCAAAUGGACCCUGCCGACUACCUUGAUCUUGGUGAGGAUGAAUACACCAGCGAUGAUGGCGCGUCUUUCGCUACCGUUUCGGAGGCGGAGUUGCCCGACUCGCCUGCUCCUCGUCCCGAUGCGACUUUCUAUGGAAAGCCGAUACUGCCAAAAGCUAGUACGAGCACCAGUACUAACAGUGAAGUUUCAAGAAUAUUCAGGGGAUCAAGCCCUUCCAUUACCAGUCCCUUAUCUGCUGCAAGCCAAACGCAACAAUCUAUUGCAACUGCUACUAUGAGCACUCCACGCUUUAGACUCAGGCACAAUUUUCCUCAGACAACAUCUAGAGGCAGGAAAAAAGAUAAAGGAGUUGCAGGUCCAUUCACAAAAGAUGUCAUCUUGCUGAGUGGUCCAGAAGAUGACACAGUACCUCGUCAAGGUUCUAGGGUGUGGUUAAUGGAGAAUCAACACAUCCUAUGUGGCGUGCAGCUUCGAAAAGAAUGGGAUAGCACUAAAUUGAUAUCUUUUUUCAAAAAUUUAUUCCCAUCCAAACUCAUGGAUUCAGAUGAAAUUGAGAUUUUACUGUCAGUCCACUUCAAACUAUUGCCACCCACUUUGGCUCCAGGGCAGUUGUUUACUGGUUUUGUUCUUCAAAAGAUAUUUAAGGAUAAGCCUAUUUACAUCCGCCCUUCACGGCAAAUUCUUGAAAUGAACCCAGAAGAACCUGCAGCAAAAAAAGAGAAGCUAGAUGAUGAACAAUUUGAGGAAUUUGCCAGGCAUUCAACGUGGGAUUCAAAUGUCACAUUGGGUGUAGUAGACCAUGUGCAAUCAAUUAUUGAAGAUGAAGUAGUAGAAAUUGAACCACCAGUAAAAGAUAUGUCAACCAUUGCAGAUUCUGUAAAGCAAUGUAUAGAUUACUGCCAUGAAAGGAACAUACAAGACCCAGUGGAGAUUUUAAGAGUUGCUCAAAAAUUUAUAGUAACAGGUCGCCAGCUAGAGGUUACAGAUCCAAGUGUAUGUUUAGAGGGAGAGACCAACUACAUUUUAGUCAACCGCCAAGAUGUCCUUAAAAGUGCUAUGGAGGAAAUAAAUCCGUUAGUGAAUCCAAGAUUGACACUAGAGGUAUCCUUUUACGGAGAGAUUGCCACUGACUACGGAGGACCAAGACGAGAGUUUUUCCGGUUGUGCUUGCACGAAAUUAAGGCUAAAUAUUUUGAAGGAGGUCUAAAAGAUCAUUUAUGUGAUGACUACAGUGUUAUUGGCUUAAUCAUGGCCUUGAGCAUUCUCCAAAAUGGUACGAUCCCAAGAUUUAUGUCACCUGAUGAUCUACAAGAUCUUUUGCACUCGGACAGUCCGUCCAAGUAGAAUCUUCGCACAGGAUUUGCUAAACUUGGACUUUACGAGAUUGGAAAAGCAUUGCCUAGCUUCUUCAACCUUUUACACCAAUCUCCAGCAGUACUACUGUCAAGACGAAAGCUUAUUCAUAUCCUUGUCCCAAGUUUUUCAGAAGACGGAUCAAAUGCCCAUUAUGAUGAAAACCUCACAUAUCAGUGCUUCCUUCAAUAUUUGCAAGCUGCAGCAAGUGGCAUCAGGGGGUCGAUAACUCUGAACCACUUAUUACAAUUUGUAACUGGAACAGAUGAGGAGCCUCCACUUGGCUUGCUUGCCACCAAAAUAACCUUUCCGUCCGUAGACGAUGCUAACCGCUGGUCGUUUAUUCCGUCUGCAAACACAUGCUCAAACACACUUCAUUUGCCGAGGUGCGUCUCUGGCAGGUUCCCUCUUCCGCAAGAGAAUGCAUUAUUUGAUAUUUACGAUGUUGCCUUUGCAAAUGCAUACUUUGGUAAAGCUUAGUGCUUGGAAAAAGACAUUGGACAUUCUACUUUACAAAUUGUUUUGUUAUACAGUAUACAAAAUUUCUUGUUUAUGUUAUGAUUACAUGACGUUCUGUUAGUGAUGUGCUUAUUACGCCAUCUUAAUCUUUCUGCAUAAAAAUGCUAUGGACUUUCAUAUAAAUAGAUAAAAAUGUGUCAGAAAAGUCGGUAGAGGACAAAAGUAAAAAAAUAGCGUCUUAAAUUAUGUUAAAGUAAGUUAUAAUGUAAGAACGAACAUUGCAGAAA